CAGCCUCAUUGAACUACAUAGCAAGCUAAUUGCUAAUUUAGCAGAGCUACAAAAGUCAGCAUGACCCAUUUAAUGGCAGUGUUUUUAAAACAGUCCAAUCAUAGAAGUUUAUAUCACAGCCGGACAUGUUGCUAAAAGGUAUAGAGUUAAGAUAACCUUUUGUUUGUUAGUUUCUCCUAUUAUAUGUUGCUUUUAUGGUACACUGUUUUGAUAUCCACACAAGUGGCAACGUAGUUUUGAAUGGGGUUGGUAUUGUCACGGUGCGGCCAAAUGCAGGUAAAAAUAUAUUUUCGCUAUGCAGUAGACCGACGUACUAGUAUGACCAAUUCACACAUGUCAAAAGUCAAUGCACCAACAAAGGGAACACGCACCCGGCUGAACUAAAUACAAAUCAACAAAUUACCAACAGGUGCGUGUAGGAGAUAAAGUGACGGGAACACAGGAAAUAGUACAAAAUAAAAGCAUGAGAGUAGGAACUAAGACUAACAAAAAACAAAAACUGUCGCACAAGAAACGGUGCAGAUUGUGACAUGUUAUAACCCCAUCGAGUCAUGUUUAUAAUUCAAUGGUUAUUGAAUUAUCGAUACUUAUAGCACUUUAAGUCGUUAACUAGGUUCAAUGGGAUUCGUUUGGUAUAACAUUUAUCAAUACUCACACACACGCAUAUUUUGUUUGUGCGUGUGCGCGCGCGCGCGUGUGUGUGAGUUUCACCUGGUGUUUGUCUUCAUGCAAAAGGAAAAGGCCCUUUUCCCCCCGGGAGGGGGUUUGUGAUCAUUCCUGGGGCCUAAAUUGGCAUUUUGUUGCGGCUAUUGACCAGUGUGGAUGGGGAGACGGGACGGGGGGGAGGAUGUCCCGUGAAAUUGGGAACGAAUUGGUAAAUGGUGCUACUUAGCGUGGCAUAUGGCUCCGUGGGGGAGUAGCUCACUGCUGACACCAACAAAUUGGCGAUUUCAUAGCAAUUUCAUACAUUCAUCCACCACACACGUUGAGCACAUGCUAAUUGAGUCAACAGCAGGAUUGGCGUGAUUAAAACAGUCUAGUCAAAAAUUAUUAGUAGGAUGAACUCGUGUGAAUAAUAUAUGUGCAACCUAGAACGUUUAUGUUAAUAAUAAUAUAAACAUGUCCGUCUAUUUUUUACCUGACCAUGCUGGUCUGUGUGCUUUAUUUGUAAAGCCUGUGCAAUGUAGGUGUAUUUGAUAUUAUUAUACUUUUUCUCCAAGUUUCCCAAUGUUACAAUAUUCUUAAAAAAUAUUAAAAUAAAAUGUAAUAAAAAAUUAAAUAAUAAAACAAUUAAAAUAUUCGUAAAAAACACAACUUUUUUACUGCAUAAGCCAUUUUCUCAAAGCAUUAAUUCUACGAAUAUGACAUUUCUCGUAAAAUUACUGUCGCCUAUUCUUGCAAUCGCGCACACUACUUCUGGAUAUAUAGUUAGUUAUAUUUUUGUAGUUAGUUUCACUUUUUAGUUAAAAGGUAAGACGUGCGAAUGACAUAAUAUAAUAACAUUUCAAGUGGGAUUUACCAUUAAAAACUGAUUUGAAAAACAAAUUUUAUUUUUUUUUCUUGAAAAGAACAUUUAAAAAGUGUGUUUUAUUGUUGUCAGUGAUUUUCUUCUACUAUGCGCGGCUUUAACAUUGUAACAAUGAGUGCACAUUGGCGAAAUAUUUCUUCUGAGUCCAAAAAAAGUAGCAUAAGGAGCGAGGAAAAUUGAAGGAACGCCCCUGUGUCUUUUCACUUGUAUACUUUCAAUUUUCCACUUUGCUAGAAUAAAAGGGAAGCCCUGGGAAAAACUUGGCGGUGGCGACUAGCCCCCACAUAUGUGUGUGUAUGUAUGUAUAUAUAUAUAUAUGUGUGUAUGGCAUCGUCUCUCUUGGUUAAUCUUUAGUCUUUUCUCGGCGUUUAAGCCUGUGUGGUGUGUUUAAUGUCCUCCAAAGAGCCGUUCGAUUAAGUCCAAAAAGAAGCCAUGUUCGCACAGCAUGAUUUCAAUUGCACCCCACACAUUGCGUUGAUGUUUGUGUACUGCACUUUACCGUAGCACGGUGCGUUUAUGGGUAAUAUUUGUGCGUUAGUCAUCUGGCUGCUCGCUCCCGGUCUUGUUUUACCAAGACACUGCACCAAAGGGCUGCUGCUUUAUUCUUAUUCAAAUCCCGCUCAAGUGGUUCCGAGUUAUUGGCAGAUGUUUUGCAAUUCAAGGCGCAUCAAUACCCAUGCGCUUUAGUGUUUAACAAUGGCGCCCCUCCCUCCUUCUCCUCUUUUCUCUCUCCGUCCCCUUUUUGUCUUUCACUUGAGGGCCAGACAAAGGCUUCAUCCUCCAGCGAGUUAUAAAGUUACUUUGCAGUCAGUUCAUUUGAGGCCUUGAGAGAACCUUAAGCGAUGUUAAUGUGCGCCUCUGCUCCUUUCAUGCUCACACAGACCAACGGCGUCCAUUGUGCUUCCAAAGCAAACGUGUGGUCAACUUUCCCAUUCCUGCUGUGGAGAAAGAGGGAGAAAAAAAGUGAGAAUGGUUGCCAGGACAGACUGCAUGGACAAGUCGAACUCCAUCACUCCAAAUAAGGUACCCAAACCACUGAUGGAGAAGAAACGAAGGGCUCGUAUCAACAAGUGCUUGGAGCAGUUGAAAUGUCUUCUGGAGAGCCACUACAGCAGCAGUAUUUGUAAGCGCAAAUUGGAGAAAGCAGACAUCCUGGAGCUCACCGUGAGAUACUUUAAGCACCUCCAGAAGACGCAAACAUAUCUUUCCACACGUGGGGAACUGUCAGACUACCAAAGAGGCUUCCACAGCUGCCUGGCAAACUUCAACCACUACCUGUUGAUGGCUGGCAAAAAUGUCACAGACAGAGACCGCCUCAAGUUGGCGCAAUUGCGCGGCAAGCUGUGCUUCUCCAGCGCACCGCAGGAAAUUUCCAGCACCACGGACAGCGGCCCCGGGCUGCAGGCCAUGACGCAGGACUUGGCGAGAAGAGCCGAGGCGGCCAAGUCGGUCCCCGCUGUGAGCGUCCAAGGGGCGUCUCACUUUCUCCCAAGUGAACACGCUCGGCGGCUCUUGCCGAGGACCAACCGGGGUGGGCUUGUCGCAGCCACCUCUUCUAAGGACAACUGUGAAAAACCACCCACUCACAAGAAGUCCACAAGUCCCAGAGAGGUUGGCAGCACUCAUGAUAAAAUGUGGCGACCCUGGUAGAGAUGCAUUGAAAUACAUGUUCAUAGCAGGUAUUCGAUUGAUUGCACGCUAUAGAUGUUAUUGUUUAUAUUGUACUUCUAUAUGUUCCAUUUUGUUAAGUUACUAAAUGGUAUCAUCUUCUGCAUGCAACCAACACCAACCUCCACAAUCCAAUAUUUUGUCUUUUCAGACGGGUAUUUAACAAUAUUGUAUUAUUGUCAUAUAAUGCUAAUACAUACUGUACAGUAUAUACACUGUACAUGUGUAUAUACAUACCAUUACAUGUGGAUAGCUAUGUACAUGUGUACAUAGCUAUCCAUUUAUAUGCUAAUGCUAAUGCUAUUUAUAAGCAUUUUCUAUGCUGAUUAUCCUCACACUCGUGGGUAUGCUGGAGCCUAUCCCAGCUGAACUGGUGGCCAGCCAAUCACAGGGCACAUAAAAAGAAACACCCAUUCACGCUCACAUUCAUACCUAUGGACAAUUUGGAGUCGCCAAGUAACCUCCUCCACCCGUUCCCUCGUCUUGUUUGAAAUGUACACAAAAUGAGAUCGAGUAAAAAAGGCCUAAAUAGUCGCCUGUUUGGCGUCUGCACGUACUCUGCACUUCUGUUAGUUGAAUUCUGUUGUUGGAAAAGGCACAAUUAAAACUUCAAAGUUCAAAAGGCUCCGGACUAUUUUUCCCUGCACUGAAAGAGGAAGCUAAAGGGCUCUUGAUGGGUUUGGGUACGG